CGACUACCCGUCCGUCUACUCUGACGACCAUCUACGCUCACACGCGCACGCUCGACGGUCGCCAUUUUCCUCGCGCGUACCUUUGCUCGGACGUGCGUGCGACAUAUUUUUUGUACUAUAAACAAUAACAAACAAAAUGGCGUCGCCGGCAGAUUACAUGAAAACAUUGAAAACUGAAGUCGACGAAGAUGAUGAAUUGAAAUUGAACGAGCAAAUACCGGUGGAAAUGCCGUGCGAAAUCGUCGAGACCGUGGUUGAUCAGAACGGCCGGCAAAUAAUUAUGACGCCUGUCCAAGGGCUGACGAAAAACGAGAACACCACUAUGCUUCUACAGGGCCAUCAUCAGCACCAGCACCAUAACCAACACCAGCACCACCAUCAUCAAGAUAUGGAUGAUGGUCAGCUCACCUACGUUUACGAGAGUGUCGUACCCCAAGAGCUGUAUGCCCAGCCUGAAAGCCCAGGACCGUCCAGGUUUAAGAAAGAAAAUACAGAAGACCACUAUUUAGCACAAUCGCAUCCAUCACCUCCUGAACCAAUACCAAUUGGUCGACCAAGAAAAUGGGAACAGAAGCAAGUUCAAAUUCGAACAUUGGAAGGAGAGUUUUCUGUUACUAUGUGGGCUUCCGGGACAGAUGAUGAUUACAUUUUAGAAGAGGUUAGCAACCCUGAACCUGAUCCUGAUCCUGAUUAUGAAGAAUAUAUGACUGAGCAAACAAUUUCUGAAGAAAUACCUCAAAUAAACCUUAGUGAUCCAAAACAACUCUCAGACUUUGCGAGACCUGGUCAUAAGUCAAAAGCAAAAAAAUCUUAUAGUUCAGAAAUGAUGGACCGCACUAUUGCAUGCCCUAACAAAAACUGCUCAAAAAUGUUUCGCGAUAACUCAGCUAUGCGAAAGCAUUUGCAUACUCAUGGACCACGUGUUCAUGUGUGUGCAGAGUGUGGUAAGGCAUUUGUUGAAAGUUCAAAACUUAAACGUCAUCAAUUAGUACAUACUGGCGAAAAACCUUUUCAGUGUACUUUUGAAGGUUGUGGUAAGAGGUUUUCAUUAGACUUCAAUCUCAGAACACAUGUGAGGAUACAUACAGGUGACCGACCAUAUGUGUGUCCAUUUGAUGCAUGCAAUAAAAAGUUUGCCCAAUCAACUAACUUGAAGUCUCAUAUAUUAACACAUGCAAAAGCAAAACAUAUGUCACGACCAAGACCAAAUCGGUCAAUAAGCCAGGUACCAGAUGAUCUAAAUCAACAGUAUGUUAAUGUUGAAAUACCCGAUGUUGAUCAUCAGCAUUUUAUUGUUUAUGCUGAAUAAUAUCUAUAAUAUAACAGUGUAACGUGAUGAUAAUUAGUACCUCAAAACACGUGACUGAAAUCAAAACCUACUCUAAGAGCAAAUAUGUAAUGCAGAAUUUUGUACAUAUCUACUAAGUAAUAAGUAAAUUUAGACACAUAAAAUACCUAUUUUAAAAAUCCUUCUCAUUGAAUGAUCAUGUUGGUAAUUGAUAUGUUAAUAAUUAAUUAAAAAAAAAAAAAUUAUAAAUUGUUUUUUAUAAUAUAUACUUACAACUUUUUAGUUGUUUAAAUAAGACUGCAAAGAUAAUAGAGAGCAAAUAAUGUGAGGUUAAGUUUAAUUUCUCUUUUUUUAACUUAUAUUAAGACACUUAAUUUAUAUGGCUUUUUUAAGUGAUCAUUUUAGAUAAUCAUUUAUGUAUAUUAUGUAUGUAAUAUAUUUAUAUUUUUGAAUGUAAAGAUAAAUUGAUAUAUUAUAUUUUAUUAUAUGUAUUGUAUAAUAUUUA